AUGAAGGAUAUACAAGCAUUCCUUGGUCUUACUGGAUAUUAUCGACGAUUUAUACAAAAUUAUGCUAAACUAGCGGAACCAUUACUCAAACAAAUUCGACAUCACAAAAAUUUAAGAAAUACAAAUUAUCAUAUAAACUGGAAUGACGAAUGUGAACAAGCGUUCAAAGUUCUAAAAGAAAAAUUAACAUGUAACCCAAUUAUGAACACACCAAAUUUUCAACAUCCGUUUAUUCUCGAACUAGAUGCCUGUGCUUAUGGUUUAGGAGCUGUCCUGGCCCAAGAAUACGAUAAUAAAAAGUUUGUUAUCGCAUACGCAAGUCGCACGUUAUCGUCGGCUGAACGCAACUAUGGUGCUACAGAACGAGAAGCUUUAGCAAUAGUUUGGGCAACAAAGCAUUUCCGUCCCUACAUCGAAGGAAUGGAAGUAAUUGUUCGUAGCGAUUGUCAAGCUCUUCAAUGGCUCAAAGAAGCAAAAGACGUUACGGGUCGUCUGGCACGAUGGGCAAUGCAUCUUUCAGCGUUCCAAAUUAAAGAAAUAAAAUAUAAACCAGGUACAGCCAACACUAAUUCUGAUACAUUGUCCAGAUAUCCACACGACUCAGAAAUGAAUAAUUAUAAUGAAAUUACAGCAAUCGAGGCAGCGGUGAAUAUUUGGGCGGAUACAAACAUGUUAGACAAUAUUCGAGAAGAACAACAAAAAGACUCAAAACUGAAAUCGAUUAUCGAUGACCUUCUGGUAAGUAACGCACCAACUUUUAGCUCAACACGUUCACCGUAUGUAGUGGUCAAUGGCCUUUUAUACAAAAUUCGCACUAGUAUUAAGAAUCAAGAUCAUCGUAUCAUUAGCAACAAACACCUUCUGGUGAUUCCUACAGCAAUGAAAAGUAAACUUAUUCAAUGGGCUCAUGAUCAUCCAAUGGCCGGACACGCAGGUCGAACAAAAACCAUUCAUCGACUAUCAUCAAGAGUAUUCUGGCCAGCACUUCGGAAAGAUGUGUAUAAAUACGUACAAGGAUGCACUUUAUGCCAGCAAUUUAAAUACAACACUCAACCAUUAUCAAUGCCUUUGCAAUUACAUAUGGUGACAGAACCUUGGCAUACUAUAGGUGUAGAUAUUAUGGGACCAUUCCCGAUCACUCAAAGACAAAAACAAUUUCUACUCGUAGUCGUCGAUUACUUCACCCGAUGGGUAGAAGUAUUCCCAUUACGAACAACAACCUCUAACGUCAUAGCAAAUGUACUAGUGGAUCAAGUGUUUUGUCGGUAUGGCAUGCCUCUAUAUAUUUUAUCCGACAAUGGACCUCAAUUUAUCGCCGAGUUAUUUGAAGAGGUAUGUAAAUCACUUCAGAUCGGGCGAAAAUUAACUGCAAAUUAUCAUCCUCAAACGAACAUGACAGAGCGAGUCAACCGAACACUGAAACAACAGAUACGUAUUUACGCUGAAAAGAAUCACAAAGCAUGGGAUGAACAAAUUCAAAAGCUAGCCUUCGCAAUUCGAACAUCUAUUAAUGAAACAACCGGCGAAACACCGGCAUUCUUAAACUUCGGCAGGGAUCUUAGAAUCCCACUCGACAUCCUGUAUGGUGAGCCAGUACAAAAUCCAACACCGAAUCUUCCAAUUAACCAAAUAGUUCAACACUAUAAACAUAAUCUGAUCCAAAACUUACGAGCAGCUUUUCAAAUUGCACGUGAACACGCAGAAAUACAAAAAUUAAAACAAAAAGAUCAAUAUGAUCGCCAUACUACAAUUAGAGAAUUCGAGGUGGGACAACACGUAUUGGUGACCAUACCAACUGCGCAUGUAGCAGGACAGUGCAUUUCAAGCAAAUUAGAUCCUAAAUAUCAAGGACCGUGUGAAAUUAUCGAAAAACUGUCUCCGUCAACAUUCACAAUAAAGCGUCUAUCUGACAAUGUUAACUUAGGCAAGGUAAAUAUCGAUAGAAUCAAACCAUAUUAUGACCAAACGUUAAGUGAAGAAAACGAAACAGACAUAAUCAACAAUCAGAAGAAUGAAACAGAUAUAACAUCUGAAGCACCAACUAUAAGCGAUCUCGGCCUAUAUUCAACAACAUCUACUAGGCCAAAUCGGACUCGACAAGUUCCGAUUCGGUACCGCGAAUAA